UCCGAGGCAUUGAGGGUCCCCCAGACCGGCGGGGGUCAGCGGUGUCCGGAGGGGUCCCAUGUGCCCCCCUUGGGGGGUCCCGGUCCCCUUUUCCUCCUCAUCCGCGGGACUGACGACCCCAAGAGGCGAAAACGGGGACCCCCAAAGGGAUAGGAUUGAGACAUUCACGGGGAGGGGGACCAGGACCCCAAAAAAGCAGGAGGGGGACCCCUGAGGGGACAAGAUCCCGUCCCCAGGGAGGUGGGAUUGGGACCCGCGGGGGGACAGUGCCAGCACCCCCAAGGGGGACACGAUCGCCUGGAGGGGGGGGGGGGGUCACGACUCCAAGAGAACGGGAUUGAGACCCCCACGGGCAACCGCACCAGGACCCCCAGGGGGACACGGCUGAGCCCCCAAGGUGACGGGGUCAAGCACCCAUGGGGGGCCCCGCUGGCCCCCCCUCAUCCCCUCGUCCCUCCCAGCCCGGCCAGCAGCCAGGGUAUAACGUUACCUCCGACCUUCCCGGGGGGCACCGCCAGCACCCGCCGGGCCCCCCCACCGCCCCAAAAAUGGAGGAGAAAUCACCCAAAAUCCCAGCCUCCGUGCCCCAGUUCACCAACUGCCCCACCAUGGUGAUCCUGGUGGGGUUGCCCGCCCGCGGCAAGACCUACAUCUCCCGAAAACUCACCCGCUACCUCAACUGGAUCGGCACCCCGACACGGGUGUUCAACGUGGGUGAGUACCGGCGGGAAGCCGUGCCCAGCUACAAGAGCUACGAGUUCUUCCGCCACGAUAACCCCGAGGGGAUGGAGAUCCGCAGGCACUGCGCGCUGGCCGCCCUGAAGGACGUCCGCACCUACCUGAGCUCUGAGGAGGGGCAGGUGGCGGUGUUCGAUGCCACCAACACGACGCGGGAACGCCGGGAUGUGAUCCUGCAGUUCGCCAAGGAAAACGGGUACAAGGUUCUGUUCAUCGAGUCCAUCUGCAACGACCCUGCCAUCAUCGAGGAGAACAUCAAGCAAGUGAAGCUGAGCAGCCCCGACUACAAGGGCCGCGCACAGGAGGAGGCAGUGGCCGACUUCCAGAAGCGCAUCGAGUGCUACAAGGCCACCUACGAGCCCCUGGACGACGAGCUGGACAGCGGGCUGUCCUACAUCAAGAUCUUCGACGUGGGCAUGCGGUACCUGGCGAACCGGGUGCAGGGCCACGUGCAGAGCCGCACCGUCUACUACCUGAUGAACAUCCACGUCACGCCCCGCGCCAUCUACCUGAGCCGCCACGGCGAGAGCCAGCUCAACCUGCGGGGACGCAUCGGGGGCGACUCGGGGCUGUCCCCCCGCGGGCACCAGUACGCCCAGGCGCUGGCCCAGUUCAUCCGCAGCCAGAACAUCCGGGAGCUGAAGGUGUGGACCAGCCACAUGAAGCGCACCAUCGAGACGGCCGAGGCGCUGGGCGUGCCCUACGAGCAGUGGAAGGCCCUAAACGAGAUCGACGCCGGGAUCUGUGAGGAGAUGAGCUACGAGGAGAUCCAGGAGCACUACCCCAAGGAGCUCGCGCUGCGGGACCAGGACAAGUACCGCUACCGCUACCCCAAGGGCGAGUCCUAUGAGGACCUGGUGCACCGGCUGGAGCCCGUCAUCAUGGAGCUGGAGCGGCAGGAGAAUGUGCUGGUCAUCUGCCACCAGGCCGUCAUGCGCUGCCUGCUGGCCUAUUUCCUGGACAAGAGCGCGGAUGAGCUGCCCUACCUCAAGUGCCCCCUGCACACGGUGCUAAAGCUGACCCCCGUGGCCUACGGGUGUGAGGUCGACUCAAUCUUCCUCAACAUCGAGGCAGUGAACACCCACCGGGAACGACCCCAGAACGUCGACAUCAACCGCACCGCAGCCGAUGCCCUGAACACUGUCCCCGAGCACUUCUGAGGGGUCCCUUGGGGACAGGGGGGCUCCCCCCAAAUUAAACCCUGUACAACCAA